UGGGCGUGGUGGCACACACUUUUAAUCCUGGCACAAGGCAGAGGCAGAAGGAUCUCUGAGUUCCAGACCAACCUGGUCUGCACAGUGGGUUCCAGGUUGGUAGUCUGUCCAGAAAGAGUCUGAGAAAUUGGGGAGGCUUGUCCCCUUUUUUACCACAACUGGAAGGACCGUGGGAAACAGGAAAAGUUGUCCCCUCGUGUUGGUGGAGUCUGGAGGGGCCUUGGGAAGUCUGGGAGGUUGUCUGGUAAGACUGUCUGGAAGAGAGGAAGAACAUAUUCCUUAGUACUUUUCCUCUUCAGACAUCGUCAUUCUGACCAGCUAGCCUUUGCAGGGUAGUUCUGUGAGUUGUGGGCACAGUCAUGGUUGAGGUGCAGCACAUUUCAGCCACCCUAACCUCCCUUCAUUGACCCUCUGUCAUCUGCCUCCAACCUCCCAGGCAGUCACAUCCUGUCCUCUGCUAGCAGUCUUUUCCAGAAAGUCCAACGAAUGAUCAGCAACUGCAGUGUUCACCUGAGAGAAUGGCUUGCCCACUCACACUGUCUUGAGGACUUGAGGCUACCCCUAGUUUGUCCUUUACCUAGGCAGCAUCCUUUGGGCAGUGAGCCACAUUUGGUGAUGUUCAUUCUGCAGCACAACCUGUGUUGGUCCAGUGUUUCUUUUUCUUUUUUUUUUUUUUUAAAGAUUUAUUUAUUUAUUAUAUAUAAGUACACUGUAGCUGUCCUCAGACACACCAGAAGAGGGCAUCGGAUCUCUUUACAGAUGGUUGUGAGCCACCAUGUGGUUGCUGGGAAUUGAACUCAUGACCUCUGGAAGAGCAGUCGGGUGCUCUUAACCGCUGAGCCAUCUCUCCAGCCCGUUUCUUUUUCUAUUGUUUCUUUGGUCUUGUUAUAUGGUGGCUGCCCUGGAACUCAUUCUGUAUCUCAGGCUGGCCUUGAACUUGCAGAGAUAUCCUGCUUCUACCCCAAGUGCUGGUUGGGAUGAUACGGUUGUACCCCUCUCUGUCUCUCUCUCUGUCUCUGUCUGUCUGUCUGUCUGUCUGUCUCUCUCUCUCUCUCUCUCUCUCUCUCUGUCUCUGUGUGUGUGUGUGUGUGUGUGUGUAUGUGUGUGUGUGUGUGUAGGUGUAGGGAGCGGGGAGGUGAGACUCUGUGCUCCAGACACCUGCAGGUGACCUUGCUCAAGCUGAAGCUGUCCCUGAGAAUACCAAGAAAUGGGCUGGCUGCUUGGCCUGCACCGAGUGGACAGUCACUAGACCGCAUCCCUAAAGUUGUCAUAUAUGAGUUUGAAAGGUUAUUAAAAACCACACAACUUUGUUGUUGCUGAAUACAAUGUGCUGCUAGUUUGCCUCUGCCCGGUCCCUAGUGAUGAGGCUGAAAGUUCACCCAGUGACACUGGCCCAGUCACCCUCCCAUGUGAGUCAGGCCUUCAGUCACGCCUGGCGGGAACUGGCUUUCCAGUGGCGCUGGGAAUGACCGCCCAGCGCCUUUCCCUUGCUGGCCCAGAUCUCACUUGGCAAGGUUGGCUCUGCUGGCCCAGUCCUGCUCUUACAUCUGCCGCCCUUUCCAGCUGUGGCUGUCACACUGCUCUCUAUCCAGGGGCCAGCAGGUGGCAGGGUGGGGGGUUGGAGGCAGCAGCUCCACAGUGCUCUCUUCUGGUUCCAUGUUUCAUGGAGAGUUCUACUUCUCAGGAAGCCAGGACCUGGCACACACCAAACAGUGUCAGGUCUGCCAUGCUAGCUCCCAGAAAGUGGAGACAGGAGGGUCAGGAAGGAGUUGAAAACCAGCUUUGACUAUAAAGUGAGUUCCAUGCCAGCCUGCCCCACACUCUCAUUUCAGGGCCCCUCCCCCAUAAUCAAGCAAACACAGAAAAAUCUCUUGUUGCCCUGCUCUCCUGUUACUGAGGCAUUGGGAAAAGGCUGGGCGCUCCUGCCCCUGGACUGGAGCUCAGAUAUCACUGCUCACCCACCUGCAGGCCUUCCCAGUCUAUUGUUUGUUUUGAGAUGGGGGUCUCAGGAUAACCUAACUGGGAUGCCAAGUGUGUGCCACCAGGCCUGGCUUUAUGAUUCUUUGUAGAAAGCACCUGCAAGCUACCUUUGCUGUCCCCAGAGCACAGAGGGUAGAAAGACACUCGUCACUCAAGCCCUGGGACUUGACAGAUUAGGAACUGAGUGUGGUAGUCAUGGACCUGGGCUGGUGGCCCAGCUUCUUAGAGAGGCCUUGCUGUUCACACUCAAAUACCCAGUUUAGGGACCAGGUUUGGACAGGGACAGGUGGGAGGGGACAUCAUCCUUGCAUCAGUUUAGGUCUUUGGCACCUCAUAGAAUAAUAACCUCUUUGGCAGAAGGGGUGCAGGUGUCAUUUUGGCUGUUUGCUUGGCAGGCAGUUUGGGGGACAAGCCUGAGAGGGAGGGAGGGCUAGGGCAACCUUCCUGUUGGUGACUCAGUAGGCCAUGUGUGGUGGUGUGUCCCUUCUGAUGAGUCGAGGAGUCCCGUGGGUGGGUGACUGGGUGAGUCGUGCUGAGGGUAGAAUGAGCCAGCACCAGCGUGACUCAGAAGGUAUUUUCUCUUGCUGACCUCUUUGGAUAAGUGUCCAGGCUAAUCCGGUGCUCACAUGGGCAGGAGGCAGGCCUGCCCAUGUGGGCCAAUGAGCUACAGGGAAGGGAAGGGAUGAUAAUGGUGGGCUUCCAUAUUUGGCAGUGUGAAACAUGGGCUUGCCUUUCAAGCCACUUAACUGUGUUCAUGAUGAGAGUGGGGAUUGCCAGGGAACCACCAGUUGGGCCUCUGCAUGGAAGCACUGCCCCAUUUCAAGUUAGACUUUUCUGAAGUGAUCUGAUUCUGUACCCAGGGCAGUUUGGCACUCACCAUGUAGCCCAGGCUGGUUUCAAACUUAGAGCAGUCCUGUCUUGUUCUCCCAAGUGCUGUGAAUAUGAGAUGUCCUGCUGGCUCCAAGUUACCUGUGAAGUAUUUAAGUCAGUGAGGAAAACCCACCUCCCACAGCUGGGAUUCCUUGCCAGGUGUGUCACACCCUAGCAGGUGUCAUUGCUUCUGCCAUGUUGAAAGGUUAGCCAGCCAUUCUCAUGGGGAUGGAGGGUCUGUCCUUGGUUGAUACUUGGUGAUAUCUAGUGACAUUUGUGGUUGCUGUAACUGGGAAGAGGGGAGACUUGGGCACUGGGUCCCCGCAGAGUUGGAUUCUGAGAAUCUGAGACACAGGUCUGCCGCCCCAUAUCUCAGGUUGGAUAAGUGGUCUGUUUGUUGGGGCAGACCUGUCCUCUUUUCCCAGGGUCUGAGUUAUGCAAGCCAGGUUGGUUAUCUUUUCAGAACAUUGUCUGGUGGCUGUGUUCAGUACAGGUGCCCACCCACCUGAGCGUCCGCCUGUUGCUAGAGUAACCGAAACACAGCUGUCCAUUGUGUGUGGGCACCAGCUCCAGGGCUAAAGUGUGGCUGGCUUCUGAGGUCCUUCCCUGGCUGGACUGCCUCUGACUACUCUGCUGGUGGUGUGGAUAUGCCAGGGGCACAGGCAGGAUAGAGCUGCUCAGGGAGGGAGUGCCAUGCAGUUACUGGAGCACCUGCCUCUUCCCUUAAACCCCCCCCCCCCACACACACACUUCUUCCCUCCGCUCUCUCUGUGCCUCUAGACUCCUGACUCUGCAUUUACCUCCAGAGUAUGGGGAUGUAUUGGCCUAGUUUACAUGGUGCUGGAAUGGAGCCCAGGGCUUUGUGCACUCUAGGGAGUGCUGGGCCCACUGAGCUGUAUUCCAACUCAGAAAGGGAGUACCUGCCUACACUUGUGGGAGGUCUGGGGUUUGUCCAAAACCAGCACCCCAGACAGGUUACUGAUGAGAGGUCAGGCAGCUAUGACAGCUUUCUAGUUCAUAUAUAUAUGUAAAUACAUUGUCUCUGCAGACACACCAGGAGAGGGCAUUAGAUCUCAUUACAGAUGGUUGUGAGCCACCACGUGGUUGCUGGGAAUUGAACUCAGAACCUCUGGAAGAGCAGUCAGUGCUCUUAACUGCUGAGUCAUCUCUCCAGCCCCAGCUCUCUAGUUCUAGAACAGUCCAUCACCUCCAUGAGCAGUCAUCUGUCCCCAGCACCCAUGAGUAUAACUUUCUGUCUCAGGAUUAUCUGUUCUGGGCAUCUUCUAUUGUGGAGCUACAUACAGUGGUCCUGUCGCCAAUGUCAGGACCCUGUGCUUCUGCCUUUGCCCCUGGCUUGUGGUUUUUGAGGGUGGAGAUGUCCAGUUCUGAGGCCUUGAAAGAUGAACUUGUUUCACCUCCAUCCUAGGACGGAGUGACAGGAUAGACUGGGGUGGCACCAAGAUCGAUAAGGGCGUUCAUAUACCCCAGGCAAUGAGUUGAUUUUUUAAAUAUUGAAUUUUUAUUUACUGUGCACAGGUAUUCACUACCUGUGAGGGUGGAAGACAGAAGAGGAUGCUAUGCCUUUUGAUGUCACUAUCUGUCUCUUUGAAGCAGGGUCCUUUGCUGGUCCUGAUGAUUUGCUUUUCCAGGACAAGCACCAUGAUGCUGCUCAUGAGAUUAUCGAGACUAUCCGAUGGGUCUGCGAGGAAAUCCCAGAUCUCAAGCUGGCCAUGGAGAACUAUGUCCUGAUCGACUACGACACCAAAAGUUUUGAAAGCAUGCAGAGGCUGUGUGACAAAUAUAACCGGGCCAUUGACAGCAUCCACCAGCUGUGGAAGGGCACUACACAGCCCAUGAAGCUCAAUACUCGGCCGUCCAAUGGGCUCCUGCGGCACAUCCUGCAGCAGGUGUACAACCACUCUGUGACCGACCCAGAGAAGCUCAACAACUACGAGCCCUUCUCCCCCGAGGUGUACGGGGAGACCUCCUUUGACCUGGUGGCCCAGAUGAUCGAUGAGAUCAAGAUGACCGAGGAUGACCUGUUUGUAGACCUGGGCAGUGGUGUGGGGCAGGUUGUCCUUCAGGUUGCGGCGGCCACCAACUGCAAACAUCACUACGGAGUGGAGAAAGCGGACAUCCCAGCCAAGUACGCGGAGACCAUGGAUCGAGAGUUCAGGAAGUGGAUGAAAUGGUAUGGAAAAAAGCAUGCAGAAUACACACUGGAGCGAGGUGACUUCCUCUCAGAGGAGUGGAGGGAACGGAUCGCCAACACGAGUGUUAUAUUUGUGAAUAACUUUGCCUUUGGUCCUGAGGUGGAUCACCAGCUGAAGGAACGAUUCGCAAACAUGAAGGAAGGCGGCAGAAUCGUAUCCUCAAAGCCCUUUGCCCCUCUGAACUUCAGGAUCAACAGCAGGAACUUGAGUGACAUUGGCACCAUCAUGCGUGUGGUGGAGCUGUCGCCCCUGAAGGGCUCUGUGUCAUGGACUGGCAAGCCUGUCUCCUACUACCUGCACACCAUUGACCGCACCAUACUUGAAAACUAUUUUUCUAGUCUGAAAAAUCCAAAACUCAGGGAGGAGCAGGAGGCAGCUAGGCGCAGGCAGCAGCGAGAGAACAAGAGCAACGCGACCACACCCACCAAAGUCCCUGAGAGCAAGGCAGCUGCCACCGAGGCCCCUGCGGAUUCUGGUGCUGAGGAAGAAAAAUCAGGUGUGGCCACCGUCAAAAAGCAAUCUCCCUCCAAAGCCCGGAAGAAGAAACUGAACAAGAAAGGGAGAAAAAUGGCUGGCCGGAAGCGUGGGCGACCCAAGAAAAUGAGUGCUGCCAGUGCCGAUCGCAAGUCCAAGAAGAGCCAAAGCACACUGGAUCUCCUGCACUCUCCGCCCCCAGCCCCACCCUCAGCCUCACCCCAGGAUGCAUACAGGGCCCCCCACAGCCCGUUCUACCAGCUACCUCCGAGCACGCCGCUGCACUCGCCCGACCCACUGCUAGUGGCUCCCACCCCACCCGCGCUGCAGAAGCUGUUAGAGUCCUUCAAGAUCCAGUACCUGCAGUUCCUGGCCUACACGAAGACCCCGCAGUACAAGGCCAACCUGCAGCAGCUUCUGGACCAGGAGAAGGAGAAGAACACACAACUGCUGGGUACAGCCCAGCAGCUCUUCAGCCAUUGCCAGGCACAAAAGGAAGAGAUCCGCAGGCUGUUCCAGCAGAAGCUGGAUGAGUUGGGCGUGAAGGCACUGACCUACAAUGACCUGAUUCAGGCCCAGAAGGAAAUCUCUGCCCACAACCAGCAGCUGCGGGAGCAGUCGGAACAGCUGGAGAAGGACAACAGCGAGCUUCGGAGCCAGAGCCUGCGGCUGCUCAGGGCCCGGUGCGAAGAGCUGAGGCUUGACUGGUCCACCUUGUCCCUGGAGAACCUGCGGAAAGAGAAGCAGGCCCUGCGGAGCCAGAUCUCAGAGAAGCAGCGGCACUGCCUAGAGCUGCAGAUCAGCAUCGUGGAGCUGGAGAAGACCCAGCGCCAGCAGGAGCUCCUGCAGUUGAAGUCCUGUGUGCCACCAGAUGACGCUCUGUCCCUGCACCUGCGUGGCAAGGGUGCCCUGGGCCGCGAGCUGGAGUCUGACGCUGGGCGCUUGCGCCUUGAGCUGGACUGUGCCAAGCUCUCCCUCCCACACCUCAGCAGCAUGAGCCCUGAGCUGUCCAUGAAUGGCCAUGCCGCCAGCUAUGAGCUCUGCGGUGCAGCUAGUCGGCCCUCGUCCAAGCAGAACACCCCCCAGUAUCUGGCCUCCCCCUUGGACCAGGAGGUCGUGCCCUGCACCCCUAGCCACAGUGGCCGGCCUCGGCUGGAGAAGCUGUCUGGCCUGGCUUUGCCUGACUACACCCGGUUGUCACCGGCCAAGAUUGUGUUGAGGCGGCACCUGAGCCAGGACCACACCGGGGCCAGCAAAGCAGCUACUAGUGAGCCACACCCUCGGCCAGAGCAUGCCAAGGAGAACAGCCUUCCCUACCAGAGCCCUGGCUUGUCGAACAGCAUGAAGCUCAGCCCCCAGGAUCCACCGCUGGCCUCCCCGGCAACCUCACCCCUCACUUCCGAGAGGGGUAGUGAGAAGGGUGUAAAGGAGCGUGCCUACAGCAGCCAUGGGGAGACCAUCACCAGCCUGCCUGUCAGCAUUCCACUCAGCACAGUACAGCCCAACAAGCUGCCUGUCAGCAUCCCGCUAGCCAGCGUGGUGCUGCCCAGCCGUGCCGAGAGGGCGAGGAGCACUCCCAGCCCUGUGCCCCAGCCUCGAGACUCCUCAUCCACACUUGAGAAGCAGAUUGGUGCUUCCACCCAUGGUGCAGGGGGUGCUGCGGCAGGAAGCAGGAGCCUCACUGUGGCGCCCACAGGUUUCUAUGCUGGUUCGGUGGCCAUCAGUGGGGCUCUGGCCAGCAGCCCAGCACCUCUGGCCUCUGGAAUGGAAUCUGCUGUUUUUGAGGAGUCCUCUGGCCCCAGCAGCCUCUUUGGCACCAUGGGGUCUCGCAGCACACCGCCACAACAUCCACCUCUCCUGCCGCAGUCUCGCAACUCGGGCCCUGCCUCUCCUGCCCACCAGCUCGCAGCCAGUCCCCGCCUGAGUGUGACCACCCAGGGCUCACUGCCAGACACCGGCAAAGGGGAGCUGCCUGCUGAUCCUGCCUUCUCAGACCCAGAGAGUGAAGCUAAGAGGAGGAUUGUGUUCAGCAUUUCAGCUGGUGCCAGCUCCAGGCAGUCGCCUUCCACCAGGCACAGCCCCUUGACCUCUGGCACCCGUGGGGAUUGUGUUCAGAGCCAUGGGCAGGACAGUCGUAAGCGUAGCAGAAGGAAGCGUGCAUCAGCUGGAACGCCUAGCCUCACCACGGGUGUGUCCCCCAAGCGCCGAGCUCUGCCAACCGUCGCUGGCCUCUUUACACAGUCUUCGGGGUCGCCUCUCAAUCUCACCUCCAUGGUCAGCAACAUCAACCAGCCCCUGGAGAUCACAGCCAUCUCAUCCCCGGAGAGCUCACUGAAGAGCUCCCCCACACCCUACCAGGACCAUGACCAGCCUCCAGUGCUCAGGAAGGAGCGGCCCCUGGGCCCAACUAAUGGGGCCCACUACUCUCCGCUGACGUCAGAUGAGGAGCCAGGCUCGGAGGACGAGCCCAGCAGUGCCCGAAUUGAGAGAAAAAUUGCAACAAUCUCUUUAGAAAGCAAAUCUCCCCCGAAGACACUGGAAAAUGGUGGUGGCUUAGUGGGAAGGAAGCCGGUCCCCUCAGGCGAGCCUGUCAACAGCAGCAAAUGGAAGUCCACCUUCUCACCCAUCUCCGACCUCGGCUUGGCCAAGGCCAUGGACAGUCCGCUACAGGCCAGCUCUGCACUGAGCCACAGCCCCCUCUUCUCUUUCCGGCCGUCCUUGGAGGAGCCUGCUGCUGAGGCCAAGCCCUCCACCCACCCAAGGAAAAGUUUUGCGGGCUCUCUGGCUGCAGCUGAGGGGCCAAGCCCUGGCACCAACCCUCCCAACAGCCUGGCCUUCAGUGGGGGCCUUGCUGCAGACCUCGGUUUACAUAGCUUCAAUGACGGUGCUUCCCUCUCCCACAAGGGCCCGGAGGUGGCGGGCCUGAGCGCCUCCCUGAGCUUCCCAUCCCAGAGGGGCAAGGACAGUACCACAGAGGCCAACCCCUUCCUCAGCAGGCGGCAGCCGGAGGGCCUGGGUGGCCUGAAGGGUGAGGGCAAUGCAAGCAAGGAGUCAGGAGAGAGCCUGCCCCUGUGUGGGCCCUCAGACAAGGUCUCACUGCCACACGGCAGCAGGGCCAGCAAAGGCCGUGACCGCGAGCUGGACUUCAAGGGCGGCCACAACCUCUUCAUCUCUGCUGCAGCCGUGCCUCCAGGUGGCCUCCUUGGUGGCCCUGGUCUUGUAACUGUGGCUUCCUCUGCGGGCAGUGCGACACCCUCUGCCCAGGCUCCCCGGCCUUUCCUGAGCACCUUUGCCCCUGGGCCCCAGUUUACUCUGGGCCCCAUGUCCCUGCAGGCCAACCUGGGCUCUGUGGCCGGCUCCUCUGUGCUGCAGUCCUUGUUCAGCACUGUGCCAGCUGCUGCAGGCCUGGUGCAUGUGUCAUCCACUGCGACCCGACUGACCAACUCACACACCAUGGGCAGCUUCUCCUCUGGGGUGGCCGGCGGAACCGUUGGAGGUGUCUUUACCCACGCGGUGCCCUCCGCCUCUGCUCACCCGUUUGGAGCUGGUGUCGGCAGCGGGGCUGUGUGUAGCAGUGCCACGCUGGGCCUGAGCCCGCUGCAGGCGGCGGCCAGCACCUCGGCUUCUUCCUUUCAGGCCGCGGCUUCUGUUGAGACUCGGCCGCCCCCUCCACCUCCCCUACUUCCUCCUCAGCAUCUCGGCCGGCCUCCUGCAGGGCCACCUGUCCUCCAUGCACCCCCUCCUCCUAACGUCGCCUUGCCUCCUCCGCCUGCGCUGCUGGCUUCUAACCCUGAGCCAGUGCUUCUGCAGAGCCUGGCCUCCCUCCCGGCUAACAACGCUUUCUUACCCCCCUCCUCUGCCUCCUCUCUGCAGCCUGCUAAUGCCUCUCUAUCUGUCAAGCUCGCCUCCCUCCCACACAAGGUCUCCCGCCCCUCCUUCACGGUGCACCACCAGCCCCUGCCCCGGCUGGCCCUGGCGCAGGCCGCGCCCGCCGCACCACAGGCCAGCACCUCGGGGCCAUCUGCUGUGUGGGUUUCCCUUGGCAUGCCGCCUCCUUAUGCCGCGCACCUUUCAGGGGUUAAGCCUCGAUAAAGACCUUGCUUAGCUAGCAGUUCAUGUUCUGUAAGGUAAGGCUAGAGCCAAACCGUCCUCCUUUCCCAGAAGACGGCUGGCAGGGCUCAGCAGAUGCCUGGGGUCCUGAGGAGUAGAGAUGGGAGGCAAAGGGAGGCAGGCAGGGCCGCCAUUGUGCAAGAGUACCUGGCCCUCAGCCAGGCGCUGAGAGGACAGCCGAAGUGAUAAGAUUCACUGUGUGGUAAACCGGAGGAGCCAAGGUUAGCCCACACCCACUGUGGGGCUCCUGGCCCACAGCAGUUCAUAAUGAUGGGGCUGCAGUUUUAUCUUUAGCCUCCACCCUCAAGUCCAGCUGCGCAGAGGAGAUUAAGGGGUAAUCAGUGGGUGAGGUUCUAGGCUGUCCAUGAGCAGGCACCUGCCUGGGGUAGCCUGGUAUCCUUGAGCAUAGAGUUGGCACUUGAGGUCCAGGGAGGCCCACCUACCUCUCCCUGAACAGAGACUGAAGCCCUGCCUGGCUAUCAGCCCUGUAAGUGACGAAGAGCCCAGUGGCGGCCCUCUGGCUUCUCCCUUGGCUAUGGUGCUGUGCUACAGUAGCCUGGGCAGAGACGGCAGCCUGGCCAUCGCCCUCUAGAGGUCCUAGGGCUAGGACCUCUCCAGCUGACCCACUCUGGGUGCUCACAAGGCAGACCUGGAGGGGGCUGGGCCCACUGGCACCUGCCAGGAAUGCCCCCAUCCCCGCCCUUGUGUCCUGCUGGGCAGCUCAGCUGAGGCAGGCAUGUUGAAUUUGCCUAACCUGUGCCCCUCCUCCCCGCAGGUAAUUAGGACUUCUACUACCUCAGCCACGACCUAUGCAAGGACGGUGUGGACCAAGCCUGCAGCCUGCGCCAGGCCGGCGGAGCCGGACGUGGAGCCACUGUGAAUUGGCGGCACCGCAGGAGGUGCUGGACUGGUCCAGUUUGUACUGUCAAUAGUUUUAGAUAAAGUAUUUAUCGUUUUUUUUUUUUUUUAAAGUAUAAGCAAUUCUUACUUUAUUCCAUCAAAGUCGUCCAAGGCAACCUCUUGAGACGUCUAAGUGUCUGUGAGAGAGAAUAAUAUGAAGACUUGGCCUGCUGGGCUGGCCACCAUGAGGAUGUCUGACUCCGUCCCGGUGCUAUCUCACCAGCAAGCCCAGGCCUGCCCAGACCCACCUCUGCCCUGGUGCUGCCCCAAACGUGGACUGUGGCCAAACAGUUCUCAGAUGUGCCCCCAACACCUUGUUCUGACGCCAAAGGCACGCCUGGCAUGCUCGAUGGGGGCUGAUCUCCAGUCUCCCUCCUUGGAACUUGCCUGCUGUCACUGUGAAUACCCCACUGUUAAUCCUGUGGCUUCGGGCGUGCCUUUGCAGUGGGUGUGGACUAGGCUGGGGCAGGAAUGGGGGUUCCCAGCUGGGCUGAGUGGUGCUGACAGGUGAGGGCCACUACUGCAGGGCUCAGUGGCUCCUGUGACAAGUGCAUUUACUUUGUAAUUCUUUGCUUUUCUGGCUCGGGCAUGCUGGUCAGGUGACGUGGGGUUGGCCCAAUCUGGGUCCCCUGGCAUCUGUGUAUAAGAGAGUCACACGAUCAGUGACAGUAUUUUAUAGAGAUUUGAUGGAGAUUUAUAAAUUUCAUAGACUUGACUGCAUUUAUUUUUAGAUUGUAUAAUGCACAGUGAACUUUAAAGGAAAGAAAAGUGAGGAGGAAAAAUACUUUUAUUUAUUCAGAUGCACAAAAAAAGAAAAAAAAUGGCGCUGGCCAGGGACCCUGCAGGAGUGCGGCCCAGAUGUGCUGGGCUGCCCAGGGCCUCUGGUCACUAUGGUCGUCACCUGCCUGUGUCUAGGAGCUGCUUCCUGGUCCUGGGGAUAGGUGCACUGGGAGUGACUGCAGGGGUCAGGGCGGACUUGACUUUCUGAGAAGGUCCUGACUGCUCACUUCUAGUUGUGGGUUGGUGGCUAUGAGGGGAAAGGUCAUGUGGCUCCACCCCCACCCCAACCUACUUCCCAAAGCAGUUGUGAAGAUGGUGCUGGUGUCCCCUCCCUCCCUCCCUCCGCUCCCCUCCCCGCGAUGGUGCUCAUGUUUGGCAGGCCUGUUUCUGUGCACCACAGCUCACUAAGGUGCUGCAGAACAGGGAGCCGAAACAAAAGCUAGCAAACCCCAGGCUUGGAACAAAACCUUGAGUGAACACUGUACGCACGGCCCACUAUCCUGGCAGCUGCUUCAGCAGUCGCUGCCUCCACCUUACUUGAGAGUUAGGGGACAGACACUGCAUGUUCAUGGCCCAGUGGCCACAGGUGCUCCAGGCACAGCUGCAAGUCCUCUCCUGAGCCCGUAAGAAAGGGACCCACAGUAAACUGACCAUGCUGCAUGGUGGCCCCAGGCACUCUGGGGCUGAUGGUCCUAGUAUAAGAUAAGGCUGCCUCAGACGUCCUUGCCAACCCAAGGUUGCUGCAGGGCUUUGAGCUCAGGAACUGAUAGCAAGCCCUACUCCCACGCUAGCCCAGAGGAACACACCUCCCAGUUCCCACCCUCAACCUACACAGCUCUUUUGACAGCCUGGCCUGUUUGUAACUUGAUGCAGCAUCGCUCUGCCUUGUAAUGACCUCUGUACUUAACGGGUGCGUUGUUCUCUUCCCUUGGUCUCCCCAAGGCAUCUCACACAUUGUUGCUGCCUCCAGACUAUGAUAAAUAAAGCCGUUUCCACUUGAA